AUGGAGGUGGAAAGGACUUUCCCUUGCAUUUUAAGAAAAGUGAAAAAAUUUUAAAGUAUUUUACCAAACCAAGAAAAUUUAUUGAAAAAGCAGAAAAAGACAACAGAAACAUUUAUCAAAAGGAAAAUUAUGAAGAUAUAAUAAAUGAGUUUGUCAAAAUCAAAGAAAAAAAUAUUUGCAUAGGAUAUUUAGGAUUCAGCUUAAAGAAUACUUUAGUUAAUUCAAAAUACUAUUCUUUUCGUUAAGAAAUAUCGUUAAGCUAACAACAUUUUAAUAAAGUAAUGUUAGGUCAAAUUGGGGAAAUAGAGGCUUUAGAAAAUAAUGUUUUAGCAAUACAAAAAAAUCCAGAAGAUUCUGGAUAUUUCUUUAAUAAAGGUAAAAUUCAAAAUGGAUGAUAAUUUUUAUGAUUUGUAGAAUUCAAAACCAUUUUAGUUAAUAUAAACAGAUUUAAAGAAGCUUUAGAAUAUUAUGAUUCAACAAUACAAAAAAACAGAAGAUUCUGAUUGUUAUUUUCAUAAAGGUAUAAUUCAAAAUGGAUGACAAUUUAGCGAAUACAUUAUAGAAUAUGAACCGAUUUGAAGAAGCUUUGGAAUAUUAUGAUUCAGCAAUAAAAAAAAUCCAAAAAAUUCAAUAUAAUAUAUUGGAAAAGGUAUAAUGCAAUAUUGGUGAUGUUUCAGCUUACUGUCGCGCUAUUACUAUUUAAUUUUAUCUUUAACUGCUGACCAAGUUUAAAAUAGUGCUUUAACGAAAAUUUUCAUUUAUUUUGUUAAAAAUUAAUAAUCACAUUAUUAUUGACUUAUCAGCUUUCUUUUAUAUUCUUAAUGAUUAAAGUUUAUAAUUAAAUUGCAAAUUACUUUUAAUACUUCAUCAUUCGUAUUUUUGUAAUUAUUUAAUUCUGAUAUUUCACAUUCACAUAUUUAUUCUAUUAAUUUUUUCAACUAUUAACUAUUAUUUGUCCUCCAAUAUUUUUUAUAUUUUAGAAAAUUGCCAUCUUGAGGGUUUUUGA